AUGUCGGUGACCCGCACAACCGCAGACGAAAUGACACAGUCUUGUAGCGGAAGCGAAGCAGAGAGUGCAGCUCGUACUUUUGGUAUCCCUAUUAUAGAUGAGGACGACGAGUUGGAUUCCGAAGCACACACCGGACACGUCCAAGAUGGUCCUCAAAGUCUCGAGGCCACUGGACAGGAGCGGCUAAUGAAACCGAAGAUUGGCUACCGCGUCGAGUACCGCAACCGCUUCACUAACGACCUUCUUGCCGAGAGGGUACAAGAAAGGGGCAGUAAAUCCAUCAUCAAUCAGCGCGACGGCCCAAUAUUUGAGGUCAUCACUUCCUACAAAGUUGUCGCUCAGGCUAUGGAUUCAAAUAAGGAUCUAGCUCUCAACUCUCAGCCACUGCCAAAUUAUGCUCUUCGAAUCCACUCAAUAGCACUCAUCAACGCCAUACAAUCGGUUGUGCGAUAUUACCCAGGACAGGACUUAUCUGGGGAGUAUGUUACAAUUCCCAAGCCGUAUCCAGUACUUGUACACCAUUACGACGAGUUGCAAAACUUUCGCAAAGAUUGUCUAUCGAAGAAGGAAGAUGAACUUUGCAUCAGACAGAAAGACGCUGCCGAGCAUCUUCGUAUCCUACUCGAAUACCUGGAUGUUGAAGUUAUGGAAGAUGUCCGGGAGGAGCAGGAGAGAAACAAAAGAGGAUACGCAACAUUUGACUGGAGAUGGGUGGCUCACAAACCAGGAACCACAGUUCUGGAAAAGGAGGAGGCGCGUGAUCCUGAUUGGAGCGCGUAUGUGAUUCAUUCUAUGGAAGGAGGUGUACUCGAGAACCCGCCAACCGUUUGGCAAAUCAAUGGCUGGAGGUUAGACUACGGCGGACAACGCAUUCAACGCGUGUGGGCGAAUACGACGCCAUGGCCCAAAUUUGAUGGCGAGAAAACAGACGCUGAGAAUGGGGAAGCAACAAAGUUCAUCGAUCCGACUGCCGACGACACCUUUCUUGAAGACGAGUCAGCCCGUGAACUUAUUGAGAACGGGAAGAAUCUCAUCAAAAUGCUAGAGCCCAAAUGUUACCAACACAGGGGCAAAACUGCGGAUUUCCCACAUAUUGAGGUCGAUGGAAUGGUCAUGGUAGAUGUCAAGAGUCUCCAUGACACGUAUCCAAGGCUAGCGCCUGAGCCAAUGGCAGAUGAUGAUCUGAGAGACUGGUCAACUGAGUGUACUUGCGAUGUAUGCUUAGAACGGGUUCAUGUACGAAACCUAUCCGAUCCUCAGUUCAACGAGAACAUGAUAAGCCAUCUAGUCAUGGAUGAGAGGCGCUUGAAAACAAUCAUGGCUCUAUCAAAGAGCUUUGCUAGACUUACCCAACACGGCGAAGUCAUGAAGGAAACGAGGUGGAGCGCAGACUUUGUGCGUGGCAAGGGAACCGGCCUGAUUUUUCUCUUGCAUGGCAAACCAGGUGUUGGAAAAACUUGCACAGCCGAAUGCAUUGCCGAAUUCACUCACCGUCCUCUGAUGAUAUUGACGAGCAGCGACAUUGGCACAGAUCCCCAAGAAGUGGAGUCGAAUCUGACAGCAAACUUCAAGAGAGCCAUGAAAUGGGGCGCUGUUCUUCUUAUCGAUGAGGCUGAUGUCUUUAUGGAGCGUCGCACAACGUCUGAUUUGAUGCGGAACAGUUUAGUCGCUGGGUUUCUAAGGGCCCUUGAGUUCUACGAUGGCAUACUAUUUCUCACGACGAAUCGAGUGGGCUCGUUCGACGAUGCCUUCAUUUCCCGCAUCCACAUACAACUGUACUACCCAGACUUCAGUGAUGACGAGCGGCAAAGAGUGUGGCAGACGUUCAUCGAUAAGCUUGCUCGAGAGAAGGGUGAUACGAUGCGUCUGACUUUGAAUGCCACGGAGUACAUCGAGUCUUUGAGGAACCAACGCCUUAAAUGGAACGGCAGAGAUAUCGGAAAUGCAUUUCAGACAGCUAUUGCUCUGGCAGAGUAUGACGCAGAGAAAGACCGCGAAGGAAGAAUUAUGGUGAAGGAUGACCACCUCCGAGCAGUAGUUGAACUAUCCAAAGACUUCAAAGGAUACCUCAAUGAACUUCAUCGCAGAGAUGAGGGGAAAAGAGCAGAGCAGAGAAUUGAGAGACUGGACAGCUACGAUGGUACCAAGCAGGAAUCUCCGUCGAGGGCGGGUUGA